AUGGAAUAGAUAAAAAACAUGAAGGUAUUAGAAUAAUUGGGAAAUAAUUGUUAUAGAAUUUUAAUCUAAAAUUAAUAAGCUUAAUUAGAUGUUAUCUCAAAAAGGAUGGUUCUGGCUAAUAAAUCCUAUUUACAAUUAAGAAAAUGGAUAGAAAUUCAAUAUCAUAUAAACCAUCCUAAUGUUUAAAAGUUAUUCUUCUAUUGUCAUGAUUAAGAUAAUGUUUAUGUUGUUAGAGAAUAUAUGUCUAAAGGUUCCUUGAUAAAUUGGAUUAAGUAUGGAGAUUUUGAUGAAGAACUUUUGAACUCAAUAGCGAACUAAUUAUUUAGUGUGUAAUAAUAUUUAAAUGAGAAUCAAUUAUAUUUAGAUUUACAAAUUAAUAAUAUCUUCUUUGAUGAAAACAAUAAAAUAAAAAUAUCAAAUUUAGAAGAGAUAGAACACAAAAGUAAGAAAAUAAACUAGAGUCAGCAAAUUGGUUUAAUUUUAUAUGAAUGCAUCUUCAAAAGGAAAUGCAGAUUUGAUUAUGUGAUGCAAAAUGACUAAGUUGUUAGAUAACCUAGAGUACUGAUUACACAAGAAAUAAAAGAAAGCGUUCUUAAAUUGUUAUAGGAAUAUAUGAAAUGA